UGACGGCGCGGCGGGGGCGGGGCCUGACGGCCCUUUCCCAAACCUCCUGGUGCCCCUGUCUUGAAUGUCGUCACCUGGACCCUGCUUAGGACCGGCCUCGUGUCUGCGACUCUGAGGCAUGUCCUCCGUUAACUCCUAUCUGGCCUCCUUGAGUGCUCCCGGCUUCUGUCCUUUCAUCCCCUGGCGUCCCCAACUCCCAUCCGGUGACCGCAUUCUUCUCCGUUGCCGCCCUCAGUUUCCCAACUUCCAAAAUCAACCCUUCUCCCAAUUCAUUGCCCGACUUUCACCCUGGACUGUCCACUGUCCCCAGCUCCUCUCUCUGCGCUUCUGAGUGCUCCUGGUUUUCUGCCUCAUUGCCCGAUUUCCCCCACGCCACCUGCUUCCUGCGUCCGUCCCUUUGUGCCCAACCCCUGAGCCCCCAUUUCUAACUCCCUGCUUAUCUUCUCUUGUGCCUCCGGUUUCCAUUUGCUCCCCCGUGUGUUUUUCCCAGUUCUCUAGCCUCCAAUCCUGGGUUCACCUCCAGCUCCCUCCGAUGACCUGGAAGCUGGCGACUAGGAGCCUGUGACCCAGAGGGGCAGGCUGGGUCUCUCCGCUGCCCCACAGAGGAUGCAGUUCUUCGGACGCCUCGUCAACACCCUCAGUAGCGUCACCAACUUGUUCUCGAACCCAUUCCGGGUGAAGGAGGUGUCCCUGACUGACUACGUCUCAAGUGAACGUGUCCGGGAGGAAGGGCAGCUGAUCCUGUUACAGAAUGUCUCCAAUCGCACCUGGGACUGUGUCCUGGUCAGCCCGAGGAACCCACAGAGCGGCUUCCGGCUCUUCCAACUGGAGUCUGAGGCAGACGCCCUGGUGAACUUCCAGCAGUUCUCCUCCCAGCUGCCGCCCUUCUACGAGAGCUCUGUGCAGGUCCUGCAUGUGGAGGUGCUUCAGCACCUGACCGACCUCAUCCGGAACCACCCCAGCUGGACAGUGACACACCUAGCCGUGGAGCUCGGCAUCCGGGAGUGCUUCCAUCACAGCCGCAUCAUCAGCUGUGCCAACAGCACAGAGAAUGAGGAGGGCUGCACCCCACUACAUCUGGCCUGCCGCAAGGGUGACAGUGAGAUCCUGGUGGAGCUGGUACAAUACUGCCACGCCCAGAUGGAUGUCACUGACAACAAAGGAGAGACUGCCUUCCAUUACGCUGUGCAAGGGGACAAUCCCCAGGUGCUACAGCUCCUAGGGAAGAACGCCUCAGCCGGCCUGAACCAGGUAAACAACCAAGGGCUGACUCCACUGCACCUGGCCUGCAAGAUGGGAAAGCAGGAGAUGGUGCGCGUCCUGCUGCUCUGUAAUGCCCGCUGCAACAUCAUGGGGCCCGGUGGCUUCCCCAUCCACACAGCCAUGAAGUUUUCCCAGAAGGGGUGUGCUGAAAUGAUUAUCAGCAUGGACAGCAACCAGAUCCACAGCAAGGAUCCUCGCUACGGAGCCAGCCCACUCCAUUGGGCCAAGAACGCCGAGAUGGCCCGAAUGCUGCUGAAGCGGGGCUGUGACGUGGACAGCACUAGCUCCUCAGGGAACACAGCCCUGCAUGUGGCGGUGAUGCGCAACCGCUUUGACUGUGUCAUGGUGCUGCUGACCUACGGGGCUAAUGCAGGUGCCCGCGGAGAGCACGGGAACACGCCACUGCACCUGGCCAUGUCGAAAGAUAACAUGGAGAUGGUCAAAGCCCUCAUUGUAUUUGGGGCAGAAGUGGACACCCCAAACGACUUUGGGGAGACUCCUGCAUUGAUAGCCUCCAAGAUCAGCAAGCUGAUUACCAGGAAGGCGCUCUUGACUCUGCUGAAAACGGUGGGGGCCGACCACCACUUUCCAAUCAUCCAGGGGGUCUCCACGGAGCAGGGCUCUGCAGCUGCAACUCACCCCCUCUUCUCUCUGGACAGGACUCAGCCCCCAGCGAUCAGCUUAAACAACCUAGAGCUUCAGGAUCUCAUGCCCAUCUCUCGAGCCCGGAAGCCAGCGUUCAUCCUGAGCUCCAUGAGGGACGAGAAGCGGAGUCACGACCACCUGCUCUGCCUGGACGGAGGGGGCGUGAAAGGCCUGGUCAUUAUCCAGCUUCUCAUCGCCAUCGAGAAGGCCUCGGGAGUGGCCACCAAGGACCUCUUCGACUGGGUGGCAGGAACCAGCACAGGGGGCAUCCUGGCCCUGGCCAUUCUGCACAGUAAAUCCAUGGCCUAUAUGCGUGGUGUGUACUUCCGUAUGAAGGACGAGGUGUUUCGGGGCUCACGGCCCUAUGAGUCUGGGCCCCUGGAGGAGUUCCUGAAGCGGGAGUUUGGGGAGCACACCAAGAUGACAGAUGUCAAAAAACCCAAGGUGAUGCUGACAGGGACACUGUCUGACCGGCAGCCAGCAGAGCUCCACCUAUUCCGGAAUUACGAUGCUCCCGAAGCCGUUCGAGAGCCCCGCUGCAACCAAAACAUUAACCUGAAGCCACCGACUCAGCCUGCAGACCAACUGGUAUGGCGUGCAGCCCGGAGCAGUGGGGCAGCCCCAACCUAUUUCCGGCCCAAUGGACGCUUCCUGGAUGGAGGGCUGCUGGCCAACAACCCCACACUGGAUGCCAUGACUGAAAUCCAUGAGUACAAUCAGGACAUGAUCCGCAAGCUCCCACAGGGAGCAGCUGCAGGACCUGGCCAGGAUGGAACCUGGGUCUGCUCCUGCUGCUCCUGCUGCUCCUGCUGCUCCUGCUGCUCCUGCUGCUCCUGCUCCUGCUGCUGCUGCUGCUCCUGCUGCUCCUGCUGUUCCUGCUGCUGCUGCUGCUCCUGCUGCUCCUGCUGCUCCUGCUGCUCCUGCUGCUCCUGCUGCUGCUGCUGCUCCUGCUGCUCCUGCUGCUGCUGCUGCUCCUGCUGCUCCUGCUGCUCCUGCUGCUCCUGCUGCUGCUCCUGUUGUUCCUGCUCCUGCUCCUGCUCCUACUCCCUCUCCUACUCCCGCUCCAGGGUCUUAUCUGUCCCUCACAGCCCUCUGCCCAGCCUCGGUCCUGUUCUGACUCCUAUCCCUACCUGUGGGAAGUCCUCUCUGACCACCCUUUCUUGCUCAUCCCAGGGCCAGGGCAACAAGGUGAAGAAACUCUCCAUAGUCGUUUCUCUGGGGACAGGAAAGUCCCCUCAAGUGCCUGUAACCUGUGUAGAUGUCUUUCGUCCCAGCAACCCUUGGGAACUGGCCAAAACUGUUUUUGGAGCCAAGGAACUGGGCAAGAUGGUCGUGGACUGUUGCACAGAUCCAGAUGGGCGGGCUGUGGAUCGGGCCCGGGCCUGGUGCGAGAUGGUCGGCAUCCAGUACUUCAGACUGAACCCCCAGCUAGGGUCCGACAUCAUGCUGGACGAGGUCAGUGAUGCAGUGCUGGUCAACGCCCUCUGGGAGACCGAGGUCUACAUCUAUGAGCACCGAGAGGAGUUCCAGAAGCUUGUCCAGCUGCUGCUGUCUCCCUGAGCUCCCGGGGCCUGCCAGCACACUGAGGGCCAAGCUGGGCCUGGCAGCUCCAUGUCCAUCUGACACUAGGACUCAGAGCACAAACCGGUUCCCACGAGGCACCUCUCCUGGUCCAUCUGCACUUUACUACUCGAGGCUGAAAGCCCAGAGUUCCCCUCAGCCCCUUUCCCUGACUAUGAAGGACAACUGACUCCAUCAAGGACCCCACAUAUCAGAGAUCAACACUACGGUGCCAGUGGUCCCAGGCUCCCUGGCCACUGCUGCUCACCCCUUCUGCCCACCCCCUGAUGUCAGGGACUAGAGAAAAGGGGUUCCACCCUAUCCUAGUGGAAUCCAGGCUAAUGGCAUCCAGCGCCAUUCGACUUUGCCCCUCGCACCUGCCAGCCUCUCCACCCUGCCGCCACCGCACUAGGAGCCCUCCUAGCUCCCAAAGGUCAACCCUGUGCAUGUGCUCUUCUCUGGAAGGAGAGUGGGGAGGGGCUCAGGGCCACCUCAACUGUGAAAUAAACGGGUUUACACUCAA